AUGUUUACGUAUUUAAUAUUAGCAUGUGUUGAGAAUACAUCUUCUAAACAUGUUGAUUAUUUUAAAUCUGCUUCAAGUGAUUAUAUUAAUUUAUUAGAAACAUUUAAAUCUCACAAACUUGUAAAAAGAUCAAGAGCAUUUGAAUUAGUAAGAUUAGAAUCACAAAUAAAAAGAUUUCAUAUACAUGAAAGAUUUUCAAGAGCUAAAAGUUUAGGUAUAGAAUUACAACAAGAUGAAGCAAUAGAAGAUAAAAAAUGUCAAGAAAAAUGUAAUGAAGAUUUAAGAACAGGACUUGAUAUGGUUAAAGCUCAUUCAUCAUUUGGUAGUAUUGGUGUACCAUCAGUUCUAGAUGAAGAUGAUCUUAAUAUGUUUUGUAAAAUUGAUGGUAGACAUGAUGAAUGCUUAAGAAAUUGUGGAUUUGAUAUACAAUUUAACAUGCGUGAUUUUGUUUGUGUUAAAAAAAGAGAUGAAAUGAUUUAUAAUUUACCAUGUUAUGUUAUUUCAUCAUCAGAAUUAAAAAGAAAUUGUGGACAGUUACAUUGUGGACCAUAUUCUGAAUUAUCAGUAACAUUAAAUGGAUUUUCACAACGAUGUAGAACAUUAUUAUGUGAUCUUAAUUGUACAAAUAGAAUACUUGUAAAUAAAUGUGGUCAAAAUGAAGGCCAAAGAGCAUUUAACUUUUUAGUUGAUUAUACUAAAGAACAAAUAUUUUCUUGGAUUAAAAGUGCUACAAGAGAAGAAGAAAAUAUAUCUAAUAUUCAAAAUAUAGUUCCACAAUCUUGUGCAAGAAUAUUUUGUCCUAAUUUUAAUAUAACCAAAUGUGAAUUUUAA